AUGCGUUUGGAGCCUUUCGGGGCCAGCGGCUCCUGGGGCCUCUUUGGGGCUGACGUGGUGCUGCGGCAGCUAUGGAAUAGCUGCAGCAGCAGCAGCAGCAGCAGCAGCAGCAGCAGCAGCAGCAGCAGCAGACAGGGCCGCAGGAGUGAAAAAGACUCCGGGGGUUCUGCUUUUUCUGCUGCAGCAGUAUCACCCCACGACUCCUCCUUCUCCUCCUCCUCCUCCACAGCAGCAGCAGCAGCAGCACCAGCAGCAGCAGCAGCAGCAGCAGCAGCAGCAGCAGGAGACAUGAUAUGUGUUGCUGAGGGAGAGUUCGAUGCUAUGUCUAUCUGGCAGCAAACGAAGGCCCCCACUGUCUCCGUUCCGCUGGGGGCCAACAGCCUCCCCCCGCAGCUGCUUCCUUUCUUUGAAACAUUCAGAUCUAUCUACUUGUGGUUUGACGAAGACAGAGCGGGGCGAGAAGGGGCGGAUCUAUGGGCCUCCAAAUUAGGUAUCAGCCGCUGCCACGUUGUGCGGUGUACAGACGAGCUGCUGCGGCACAUGCAGCAGCAGCAGCAGCAGCAGCAGCAGCAGCAGCAGCAGCAGCAGCACCAGAAGCAGCACCAGCAGCAGCCGCAGCAGCCGCAGCAGCAGCAGCAGCAGCAGCAGGAGCAGCAGCAGCAGCAGGAAGAAGAAGAGUUUAAUAUACCAAAAGAUGCAAAUGAAUGUCUGCUGCGGGGCAUAAAUAUUAAACUUUUGCUGCUGGCGGCUCGCCGAUACCCCCACCAACAAAUCCUCACCUUUCAGGACCUCAGAGCUAAAGUACUACACGAACUCGUUGAACCAGGUGGUUUCCGUCGUGGUGAGUUGAGUGUAUGGACGGGGGGCACGGGGGCAGGCAAGACAACGGCGCUGUCUCAGCUGUCUCUGGAUUUCUGCACCCAGGGGGUACCCACUUUUGCUGCUGGUGCUGCUGCUGCAGUUAUUGCUGCUGCUGCUUCAGUUGCUGCUGCUGCUUCCUCCUUUUCUAUAUCUUGCAUUCUUCUGAAUGUGUUGCUACAGCAACAGCAGCAGCAGCAGCAGCAACAGCAGCAGCAGCAUUUGCUGCUGCUGCUGCUUUUUGUGACCCUGCCCUUCCAGCUACAUGUUCAACUGUUUGACGAUGAUGUUCCUCUGGGUAUGUCUUCUGUCUUCGGCAGCGUGAAGUCAACGCAAGAAGCAGACAAUGUUAUUAUAUUACAGCGACAAGCAGCAAAGGCCUCAAGACACGAGCAGCAGCAGCAGCAGCUGCAGCAGCAGCAGCUGCUGCUGCAGCAGGAGCUGCAGCAACUCAGCCCCAGUAGACACAAACAACGACGCAUGCAGUACUCUCUAGAAACUGCUGCUGCUGCUGCUGCUGGCGGUGAUUUCGGGUUGAGCAACACCAACAAAGAUGCUCCAUUUAGAAAGCCCCAACACCAGCAGACACUCAUGAGCCUACGCGGCACCUCUCGCCAGCCACAGAACACGAGGGAGCUCGUAGGGGGCAGCAACCAGCAGCAGCAGCAGCAGCAGCAGCAGCAGCAGGAGCUUCACCCCUCGAGGUAUUUUGUGUCCGUCGAUGCAGACAGCAGAAACCAGACAGUGGGCACAGCAGCAGCAGCAGCAGCAGCAGCAGCAGCAGCAACAGCAGCAGCAGCAGCAGCAACAGCAGAAGCAGCAAUAUGA